UUGACAAGUUUUGUUUUUAUACGAUUAAAUUAUCCUUUUAAGAAUCUUCGUUAAUUUAUUUUUUUCGAUACCUUGCUGUAUUAUUUAUUGAACAAGUUUUAAUGGCAUUACAAAUUUACUCCUGGUAUGCUUCUUUUCCAGCCUGGAAUGAAACUUCUUUUGAUCACAUCAGAGAUUUUAAUCAACCUCCACCACCUGGGGUUGAUUAUCAACAGUAUAAUGUAUCAACAAGAUUGCCAAUACAAUCUUCGUAUAAUAAUCCUGUAUCUUCUAUAUAUACUUCACAGCUACCCUAUACUUCCCAACAAUUAUAUGAAAAUACUUCAUAUGUGGAUUAUUCGAUGAUUUCACCGAGAAACAAUGAAACUACAAAUGAUCCAAUAGUAGAUUUAUCAAAUUCGGAUAUUUUAUUUCAGCCAGAACUCUACUCAUCAUCAUCAGAGUAUUAUUGUGAUCCUAAAAGUAAUAAAUUAAGAAAAAGAAAAGGGAAAAAGAAGAAGGCAGUUGUUGGCCUUAAUUCCAAAAUUAAAAAUCAAUCAUCAAAUUGCACCAUCAAUAAUAAUAAAUCAAAGAGAAAAAAGAAGAAUGUUCCUGAUGAUGGUGAAGAUCAAUCUAUUGUACAGAAUAAGAGAGAAUCGGUUCAAAAAUUCUACCGAGGGAAAAAAAGUGGCGAGUUAAAAGUAAGGCCAAUUAAAGAUGUAAAAAAAGAUUUGAGCGAUAACAUUAUUCGCCCGAACUUUUCUUUUUCAAACGACAAGCAACCUUUAAGAAAUGAGACUUCUACGUGCGCUGCCAUGAGACUUCCUCUUGAGAUCCUUGUUAAAAUAGUGGAAUAUUCGACUGCAGAGACUACUUUGGCCUUAACGCUUACAUGUCAAAAAUGGUAUAACUGGCUUACCGAUGAACAAAGUGUCUAUAUUGAUCGGGCUUGGCACAGAUCCAGAAAGAAUACUCGACCGCGUCGUAGAAAGCCUAAAAAUGAAGUACGUGAAAUGAUUCAUACCAUUCAAAAGAUGAAACCAAAGCCAGGAUGGUAUUUCGAAUGCGAUAUGUGCUACAAAAAGUCUAACGUCAUGAAAUGGAAAUUCGGAAACAUUUUAGUAAAUACUUGUUAUAAUUGCAAGAAAAUGUACGAGGUAGCAGACAGCUAGAAGAUAAAAACAGAUGAGAUUAUUUUUUAUCAAAAGACUUUUCACAAACUUUUUCAUUAAAUAAAACUCUCAUAUG